ACUUUAUUUCGAUUAAUAAAUUACUUGACGAUAUAGUUGAUUUUUUCAUCUGUAUGCCUUGCGUACGAUCACAUCUUUUCAAAUUUUCCAUGAAUGUUUCUAUAGUCUUCCUGCAGCUAUUGGUAAUGCAAAUACCCUUCCUUCAUUCAAAGUCUGCAAGAUGGUAUUCGUCUUCAAGAUUUAAUUUUAGCUGAGAAUAGAAAUGUGAAAAAUGACACGAUAUUUGAAAGUGGUAUAUAGCAUUCGAUUUAACAUCUUCUAUAAAUAAAGUACGACGAAAUUGAUUUAGUUUUGUGGUGAUGCGGGGAUGUGGAUCUGUCUUGAUCCUAUAGAAAGCCGAGAAGGCUGGCGUGCUUCUAUUUUGUUCUUCGUAUUUCUUUAUUGGACAUCUUUUGGUAUUAAUGGCAGUCUAACAAAUGCAUCUAACAUUCAUAAUACCGUUACAUCAAAAGUGUUAUCGCCAGUUUCAACGCAUCAUGACGACGACGAAUGUAGGAAUGUGACCACUGACGAUAGAGGGGCUACUGGUCUCUCAGUGGUUAGUCAAGGAUCUGGUUCUCCUCAUUCGCCAAUAGUGCCUCCACCUUUUCUCUAUGGAGUUCUUACCUGCCAACCCUAUCAAGGAAUUUCUGUGAAUCACAUAUACUUUCAACUAGCCAAUGCCUUCUUUCUCUUGUCACAUCUCGCACCGAGUGGCAUACAUGGCGUACUUUAUUUAAGGUGCACUCUACUCGUGGGCUGUGCCUUUCUUGCUUUAUGGGGCUGGACAAUAGCUUGUUGGCUAGAUGCUGCUCUUUGGAAUGCUCUGUUUGUUGCCAUCAACUUCGUCCAUGUAUGCACGCUUCUUUAUAAGCUCAGGCCUAUCAAGUUUUCAAGGGAAGUUGAAGAGGUAUAUGUUGCAGUGUUCCAGCCACUGAGAGUGUCACGUCAUCAGUUUAAAAAAGUAUUAAAUUGUAUGAAGAUUAUUCGGCAAUUGAAAUAUCAAGAGGUUUAUGCCCAAGAAAAAGUGACCAAAGUUGAUUCUUUAUCAUUAGUACUUUCUGGAAAGUUAGUAGUAUCACAAAAUGGAAGAGCAUUACAUAUUGUCUUCCCACAUCAGUUCCUGGAUUCUCCAGAAUGGUUUGGUGUAUCAACGGACGAGUACUUUCAGGUAUCAAUAACAGCUAUGGAAGAAUCAAGGAUAUUAUUAUGGCAUAGAGACAAGUUAAAAUUAAGCAUAAUUAGUGAUCAAUUUCUGCAGGCAGUGUUUGAUCAUAUUUUGGGAAGAGAUGUAGUCAAAAAAUUGAUGCAAGUUAGUGAAACAAUGGCUGCUAGCAGUCAUCAGCAACAAAAUGGACAAGUAAUUGGUUUAGGUGGUAUUGGCGCCUUAGAAAAUGAUCCUGAUACUAAACUUUUUGUUGUGAAAAAGACGGGCGAUAGUCAAGGUAUUACUGCUCUCAUCAGUCGUCAACUUCAAGCAGCAGGCGAUCCAAAUGCAUGGAGAUUGGGAAGAAUUGAAGAGACUGAUCAUGAAACACCUGUUUAAUGAAAUGAUCAUUAGACGAAUGUCAUCCUUAGCAGUCAAUAUAAAGCGACACCGGUCUUUUUACAUAAUGUAAAAUAUUUAUCAUUUCUGGAAACAUAGUAUGGUGUGCUGAGUGUGGAACAAUUGAACAUUCUCUUGCCAAUUGAUCAUUUUUCCCACAACUAGUCAAGCAUAAUUAAUACUGAAAGGAAAGAUUUGAUUGUUCAUAGUUAUAUAAUGGUUCCAUCCUAGUUUAUAAAACGAUGUACAAUUAUAUAUUUCUUUAUGCUUCCAAUAUAUUAUUGAAUACCACUAAAACUGGUUUAAAAGUGGCUGUUUAUAAUUCACACUGAUUUAUUUCUUAACAUAUGCAUAUGUUUAAUAUUGAAUGAAUACGAUUUUAUGUAUGUAUAUUGAAAUGGAAUGGAAUAGAAUGGAAGUUGUUCUUUCACAACGGCGUAACUUCUUUAGUGAGAGAUCUGUGAUUUAUUGGAACUGAUAGAGGAAAAGAAAUUAGGGAGGCCUAAAUACCUGAUUGUUUCCCAUACUCAGAUAUAGUGCCUUUUUACUUGCAUUUCAUUUAUUAAUUUAUCAAGGAAAAACAUAUACAGUACUAUUGUACACUAAUUUACAUAUGUAUUCAAUAUAUUUUUAAAAAAGUUCCUGGCGGAAAUCCAUGUAUUGCAGUAAAUAAUAUUAAAUUUAAUAUAAAUAAUACUGUUGAAAAAUGGAAAUUAUAAAAGUGUAAUAUGAUCAAUCCUCUGUCAUUAUGUUUUCAAUAAUUCUUUCACAAAUUCAAUAAUCUAUGUUAUUUCUAAAAUCAUUUGAUGAAACAAAUAAUACAGCAAAACAAUUUAGAAAAUUUAAUGGAACAAUUAAGAUGUAACAAAUAUAAUGGCGAAGGUAUAGUUAGAUUUUAGACAAUUUCCUUCAUAGAUGUUAUUGUUGAUGAUUAAAAUAAUUAAAUGUAAUGAAGCACUUAUAGUGUUUACUGUUUCAGUUGGCGAUUUCCGCUGGCAACUGGUUAUUACAUUACAAUCAAAACUGUUUUUUAAAUAAAAUUCAUACAGAAAAAUGUUGCGUAAGUCAUAAUAUCAUAGCACUAUUAGGAAAACGGCGUUCAAAUUAGAAGUACAGGAAGUUACGCCAGAAAGCGCUGAAUGGUAAUAAAACCACAACAUGAGCUAUAUUGAUAGAAUAUUUAUAUUGAUAUACAUUGCUGAUAGAAAAAUAAAAAAAUGCAUAUAACUUUUAAUGUUUAAUAUCGUAAAUUUAUCAGAAAUUGAUACAAUAAUAUUAUAAUCAUAAUUAUUGGUUUUUUGCUUGAAGAAGAAAACAAUGUUAAUGUUGAACCUAAUUUAUUUGUAAGUGAUAAUUACAAUAAAAAUCACUUAUUCGUGAAAGAGAUAACAAGAAAUUAAUACGCACAGAGGAAUAUAGAAGAAUACAUUCGAAUGAAAAGCGAAAUUUGAAGUAAAAAAUCUCAGGUUUCAAUAAUUGGAUACACUUUUAGGAGGAAAAAAAACAAAGAAAAUUCUGGAAGACAAUUUUGUCUAGUCUGUAAUAUAAUGUAUUAAAAAAAUAAUACUUUCAAA